GUGUCUUGGUCGGCUUUUCGAGGUACGCAAUAAAAAUUAGAGAGCAGCACGACAGCUACCGAUCAAUCAUGCAGCGACCUUUUCUUCUUGCUCUGCUAGUAUCCUGCUGCUGGUGCUCGGUGGCGGCGACAUUGCCGCCACAGCAACCGUCGUCAAGCAUAUCAAAGAGUAGUAAUGGAUCGUUCGGUCCAAUCUUUGCUCGCCGCGGAUCCCCUUCUCGUACCGGUGUUACCGUCAGCGAGGGGACACUUUCAAUUCGUGGAGGUGCUAUCAAGCCUCGAUUCGGCAACAACCAUAAAAGUACGAAAGUCGUCGUCAGUGCGGGCCCACGGACGAAGCUGCAACAACAAAAGCGCAACAACCAAAAAAUUCCAGAGGGAACGUCUACCAUGUCAGCGCAAGUCUUCAACUUAAUCAAGUCGAUCGUUGGCGCUGGUGUACUCGGUCUACCCGCUGGUAUUGCUGCGUUUGGUGACGCUCCUUCGGCGAUUAUCCCCGCACUGGCUCUUUUGCCGAUCAUGGCCUUUUUGGCUGCCAACGGGUUCUCCACUAUUGGAGUCGUUUGCGCCGAAACGCAAACCAUGACGUACCGGGAUGCUUGGAGUGCUACCGUGGGUCCAGGAACGUCCUGGAUGCCUGCAGCGGCCUGCCUUAUGGUCACGACCUGUUCCGUGCUUUGUUACAGUAUGGUCCUGGCCGAUACCAUGCCCUCCAUUCUCAAGGCAACAACUGGAAUCGCACUAGCGCGGACACCAACUUUACUGACCCUGACGGCCACUGUUAUUCUACCGCUGUGCUUAUUGCGCAACCUUAGCAGCCUCGCCCCCUUCUCCCUCGUCGGCAUCCUUGGGAUGUUGUAUACAGCCGUCGUCAUGGCCGUCCGAUGGCAGCAAGGCGCGUACUCUCUGCCCAACGGUCUUUUUGCGAACGAAAUUGUCAAGUCCUACCAACCUGCGUUCGGUACCACCGGAAUGUGGCAGGCAGUCGCCAGUCCCAAAGUCACCAUUUGGAUCAGCAUGUUGAGUACCGCUUUCAUGGCGCAUUAUUUGGCACCGUCGUUUUACUGGGAUUUGAAGCAAAAUACUAUGCAACGCUUUAACACCAUGAUUGGCUUGUCCUUUACCGGAGCGGUCGCCUUGAUGGCGCUGACUGCUGUUGCUGGAUUUGCUACCUUUGGUAUCUCCAGCGCUAGUCUGAUUCUCAACAAUUACGCCGUUAAUGAUGCUCUGCUUUCCUUUUCUCGGCUAGCGGUGGCGUUGUCGCUCAUCUUCAGUUAUCCACUGGCGUUUAAAGGUGUCAAGGACGGGGUGAUGGAUUUGGCGAAAGUUCCUGUCGAAAGACGUGCCAAAAUUUCCGACGGGCUCACUGUGGCACUUCUGAUUGGCAUAACUUCGUUGGCCCUCGUUCUGACCGAUAUUCGGCUCAUUCUUUCUUUGGGUGGAGCCACUUGGGGAAACUGUGUGAUCUACAUCUUCCCAUCUCUCAUGCUUUUUAAAGCUGCCAAUACGCGACCUUGGUUGCAGGCUAAACGCGCACAAGCCGUGCUCACCGGUCUCCUGGGACUUGUCCUUGGUGUGCUCGGCACCAAGCAAGCCCUCGUCGCAGCCUAA